UUACUUUCUAUUUUACUCUUGCAAUGGCUGCGUGGCUCUCCUCUAAAUCAGUGCCUCGGAAUGGCGGUAGACUGCUGUCAGGCUCUGUCUUCAAGGCUCCUGUUUGCUUCAGGGGCUUAGGAAGGACUUCUUCUGCCUCGGGGGCUGUUUCUGCUUUUCAAGAUCAGCCUCGGACAAUAGACGACCUACCCCGUGUCAGCCUCCUGGAAAUGCUUUACAGGCUUGUGUUUCAGGGUUUUUAUAACCGUAUGCAUGAGCUACAGCUCUAUGAGAAGCAGAGAUAUGGGCCCAUAUACUUGAAUGGCUUAAAGGCAGUGUCUGUGAACACCGCUAAGCUGCUGGAGGAGCUCAUGAGGAAGGAUGAGAAGUUUCCUUGCAGAGGAGACAUGACCCUGUGGACAGAGUUCCGCGACAUACGGGGAUUAGGCUAUGGGCCUUUCACAGAGGAAGGGAAAAAGUGGUACGACCUGAGAACCGUGCUGAACAAGCGCAUGCUUUCUCCAAAGGACUCAGCUCAGUAUGAUGGGGUUUUUAAUGCCGUGGUAACAGACUUCAUCAAACGGAUUAACUUUCUGCGCCAGGGCAGCCCAACAGGAGACCUUGUACCCAACAUUGGCAAUGAGCUUUACUUGUUCUCCCUGGAAGGCAUUGCCUCCAUACUUUUUGAGACCAGACUUGGAUGUUUGGAGAAGGAAAUCCCUCCUGGCACACAAGAGUUCAUCAAUUCCAUAUCUGCCAUGUUCUCCAACAGUAUGGCAGUGGUGCUUAUUCCAAAGUGGGGCCGUAAUAUACUGCCCUAUUGGAGGCGCUACAUCGCUGGCUGGGAUGGCAUCUUCAGCUUUGCUAAAAAACUGAUUGACAAGAAGAUGGAGACUAUUAAACAGCGUGUGGAUAAUAACCAGGAGGUUGAGGGCGAGUAUCUGACGUACCUCCUGUCUAACACCCAGAUGAGCACCAAAGAUGUGUAUGCCAGCAUUGCAGAGCUUCUCUUGGCAGGAGUUGAUACGACCUCCAACACCCUCACAUGGGCUUUGUACCAACUUUCCAAGGAGCCUGAAGUGCAAGAGAGACUUUAUAAAGAAGUUUCUACAUCAGUUCCAGCAGAUCGCUUACCCACUGCUGCAGAGGUCACUCGCAUGCAGUAUUUACGGGCCGUUAUCAAGGAAACACUCAGGAUGUACCCUGUCGUUCCAGUAAAUGCAAGGAUUGUAACAGAAAGAGGCAUUACUGUUGGGGGAUAUCAGUUUCCAAAGAAUACACCUUUCAACUUCUGUCACUAUGCCAUCAGCCAUGAUGAGGAGAUCUUCCCAGAGUCCUUUAAAUUCAAACCUGAAAGGUGGCUUCGUGACGGUCGCGAGAGACCAAACCCAUUUGGCUCUGUUCCGUUUGGAUAUGGAGUCAGAGGUUGUGUUGGACGGCGAAUUGCUGAACUUGAAAUGUACUUACUUCUGUUUCAGCUCAUAAGACACUUUGAAAUAAAGCCAGAUCCUGCAGUGGGAGAGUUGAAAAGCAUCAACCGCACAGUUCUUGUUCCAGACAAGCCGCUCAGCCUUCACUUUGUGAACAGAGGAUGAAAAAGUUUGAGUUGCUUUUUCAGAUCGGUUUGAUUGAACCAAGGUUUAUGUGCUUUUUGUUCAAUGAUAAAUGUGUAUCAUACUGUGGGAACUCAAAAAUAAUUGAGCAUAAGGCAUACAAUGCAUGUGUAAAUUUAAGUAUAGCACAUUUUAUGCAUUCCACAUUUUAUUUUUACACUUAAAACAUAUUUUUUCUAAAUGCUACACAUUAAUUAACAAAGCAGCUGUUUUCAUUUAUCAUUUAGAAUCAUUAAGUAACUCAGCACUUCUUAAAAUAUCACUUAGCUUUUCUUGCAUCAUGGUAAUGAGAAGCAAUUUUAAAAAUAGGACACCAUAGAUGUGCAAUAGAUGCUCAUCGGAGAAAAUAAUCUUUUGAAAACAUUGGUUUUCUCAUAAUCUGUUUUCUUGUUUUGUUACAACUUCCUCUGCAAAAAAAAAGAAGCUAAUUACUGGUAAAAUUAUGCAAUUACAUCUGCAGAAAGGUUAGUUUAAAACUCUACAGGUUAAAAAAAAUAGGUAUAGUUGACUAAAGAAAGUAAUAGAUGGGAUGGCUUGGUUGAGGAAAAGAUGUAAACAUUUUUUCGAAUUGCAUCAUUCACUUUAACAAUUUAUCGAAAAUACAUGAAAACACAAGAAGCAAUAAAUUUCCAAUACUGGGGGGGGGGGGGGGGGGGGGGGGGGAACCCUUUUGUUUCUGUUUCUGGAAUGUUGUGAUCAUAAGACUCAGGAUUCGGCAAAAGCAUGCAAAGCUUCACCUGUGAUAUGAACUAAAAUUAAGGUCACAUUCUGUUUUUCCAUUUAAGGAAGUAAUCAAACACUCCACUGUCAUGUUUUCAUGAACACUGAGGCAUGUGUAAUUUUAAACAACAGACUAAUCCAUUUCCAGUUGGAACUUUUCUGACUGAGCUGACUGCUCAUAUAAAGUAGCAUAAUCAAAGUGAACUGACGACCAAACUGCCCUCCUCUUGAUCUUUAAAACAAUGUCAAAUUUCUUGUCUACAUAAUUAUUUUACUUUGACAAAGAUUAACUAAACGGCAAAUUAGUUUGAUCAUU